UUUCUGUUUCGACAUUCCCCAGAAUCUCUCUCCCCCCUUUUUUUCUCCAACCAAAAACCUUAACGACUCUUUCUUCAUCGUGAAACAGAGCAACAGAGACGUUAGACUCUUUGUCUCAAUCUCUCUAAAUCCUUUGCUUCAAUUCCCAUAAAUCGAUGGAAACUGGUGUAGCAGUUACGGGUCAAGAAAUCGGACCCGGGAUUCAUACACCCGUUAAUCCUGAUGGAUACGUAACAAUCGAUGUCGAAAGUUUCUCUCAUGUUAUCCACAAAGACAUCUCUUCUUCGAGUCCCAGAGUUACACUGCAGAGAAGUGUUUCCAGGAAAGAGUCUCUAAGAAGCAACAACGAGAGGAAACUCCAUUCUAACGCAAAUGGUAAUGACAAAGAGACCUCAUCCCCUCAGUCUCCACUUAGAGGGUCAUGCACGCCGGAAAAGGCGAGCACUGUGAGGCCCAUAGAUCAUGUAGGCACGGACACAAUCGCAGCCACCAUUGUUUCAGCCUCACCGCUUCAUCAGAUCACCGUUACUACGACUGCAGCCACCGGCGGAAAUGUGAUCUCCGAUCAAAAUAGAGAAAGAAGAUUUGGAUUUGCAAGGAAGUCGAGUUUUAAACGUUCUCGCACUUCUUGGAUGCUUGAUCCGAAGAAAAUCCUCAUCUUCUUUGCAACUUUGUCAAGCAUGGGAUCGAUCUUGUUAAUCAUAUUCACUCUCUCGAUCAGCAAGUCUAAUCCCGGAGAUAUGGUCUAAGACUAAUAUUAACAACAUAUGAAGAGGAUAUAGACCGACUUCAGCUUGUGGCUAUAGUACAUGCCACAUUCUCACCGACCUACAUCUGAAGAGAUGAA